AUAUAUAUAUAUAUAUGCAUCAAGUUUCCAGAGGUCGAUUUCGUCGUUCAUACACAGACCCUCUAUCCUAAACACAAUAGUUUCCUAUUCCCAGUUACAUCCGACCAGACUCUGGCAAUGGCGUCCAACGCUCAUCUCUUGACACCGGAUCCCGAAAUUGCUGCUCUUCUUGCUAAGAUGCCAAGCAUGCCAGCGGUCGAGAACCCAACUAUUGAAGAGCAGAGGGCCUACCUUCAUGACUCACUUCUGCAUUGGCAAGAGCGAUUGCCUUCUGAGUCCGAAUAUCGAAUUGAAGAUCACCUUGUGCCUGUGGAUGGCGGCGAAAUAAAAGUACGCUGUGUCAUACCGACCUCGUCCGAGCACCACGACAAAGGGCCACUUCCACUUCUCGUUUGGUACCAUGGCGGAGGGUAUUGUGUUGGGUCUUCCGAUCUGGAUGAUGGCUUCUUGAGAGUGGUCGCGGUGAAAACCGGGGUGGUGGUGAUAAAUGUCGAAUACAGGUUGGCUCCAGUCUUCCCAUUUCCGACCGGAGUGAAUGAUGCAUAUGCUGCUUUGAAAUGGGCUGCAGAAAAUGCGACUCGGCUUUCAGCAUCGCCUUCGCGAGGGUUUAUUGUGGCGGGCCUAUCCGCAGGAGGGAAUUUCUCCGCUUCGGUUGCAAUCCGAGCUCGUGAUGAUCCGUUCUUCACUGGGCGACAGUUGACAGGACAGCUUCUACAAAAUCCCCACGUGCUCGAUACAAAAGCCGUGCCUGAACAGUACAAAGCCGUGCUUUUAUCCAUGGAGGAAGUGAAGGACGGCCCAUAUCUUACAAGAAAAGCCAUGGAGCGAGUUUGUGAACUCUAUCAAGCAGAUCCUUCAGACCCUCGCUACUCCGUUCUGCUAGCAGCUAAUCAUUCUGGCCUUCCGCCAGCAUAUAUUCAAGUUGCAGGAUUGGAUCCGCUACGUGAUGAGGGAAUACUUUAUGCAAAGGUCCUGAGGGAAUCAGAUGUCAAAACAAAACUUGACAUAUAUCCCGGAUUGCCGCACGGAGGACACAUCCUUUUUCCUGGAGCCUCCCUCUCUGCUAAGGUGUACCAGGACUUUGACACAGGUCUCAAAUGGCUCCUGCAUGGAAACGCGUAGUAAAUAUUUCUGAUUAAAGGAUGCCCACUGAAAUCCACUACUUACUACGUCCAGAGACUCAAAGCAAGUUCGGAGGGUACAUUGGAUUUAUGUUUGCCAGCUACUCCAACAUAUUCGCGCCCGCCUACAGCAUUAGGUAGAAUCGCUAAUGAUUUCCUGCUUUGCUUCGUGACCAUCGU